CCCCACAGUGGACUGCUGGGCCUUUACAGGAAGUGGUGAAGCGUCCACAAUCCAUUUUAUUGACAUUACUAAGGUAUAUCAUUAACUAUAGUGUAACAUAUGGUGGAAACAGAUAACCAGGCGAUGUUAACCUUGUUAAUUUUGUUUAAUGUUAAAUACAAUACAAUAAAAGGGUCCACAUCGACACACUACGGAAAGAAAAGCCAGAAUGUUUAUCCCGGAAGUGAACACGGGGUUUCUCUCUUGCCUCUGCACAGUCUCUCCGUAACCAAGGUAACGUUAGCUUGGUGAACAAUGGCUACAGCGUCAAUGCUAGCACAACAGCUAGCUACCUGAUGGAGCAAGCUGUCAACCACGUCUGAAUGCAGUUAACGCUAAUUAAAACGUUUCAUGUGAAUUAUUCAAACGUUCUUUAGUCUCAGCAAAGCACAUUUAUAAGCAUGUUUACAGACGAAGCCCUGGACUCAGUGUGUAUUAAGUCUCUGUGGAGGAACUCUCAGCAGUCGGCGCAGGACUCGAGAGGCUGCCAGACCAAAGCGGUGCACAUUACCGAGGCACAGGUCCAGACUGUGUCGACUACCAUCAGCGGCACCCAGACGGAACCACAGUACCAGGUGACAGAGCAGCUCUUCCAACAAAACCACGAGGAGCCGGAGCCACCAGGCCUGAAGGACUUCCUGCAGAGGGUUGAGGACGUGGUCAUCAGGGAGCUGGUCAGAAAUACAAGGAGUCACGCCUUCGAUGGGUUCCAGGUGAACUGGGAAGACCACAGUAAUCUGGUUUCUUGCCUCCAUUGCCUUCAACAUCCCAGCGCUGUAGAGAGGGGUCUUCAUGUAACCAGUGUGUCCUGGAGUUGUACAGGUUCAGUUAUUGCCUGUGCCUACGGUCGGAUUGACGAUGGAGACUGGAACACCGAGAGGUCUUACGUCUGUACGUGGAACCUGGACCGGCGAGGCCUGAACCCCAAACAAGCUGACCUGGUCGUAGAUGUUCCCACUGCGGUCACUGCCCUGUGCUGCCACCCCCAGCAGCCCGCUCUCAUUGCAGGGGGUCUGUACAGUGGAGAGGUGGUGGUCUGGGACACCAGUCGGACUCAGGACUCGACGCUGGUUCAAACCGGGAUGUCGGCGGACAGCCACAGAGAGCCUGUUUAUCAGGUUGCCUGGGUGCCCCUGCAGAAGAAAGGAGAGUUUGGGGUGCUCAGUGCCAGUUCAGGAGGAAAGGUGCUGCUAUGGACGGUGGACUCUGACCAGGGCAGAUUGGUCCUGAGCGCUGCCUACGCUUUAGUACGACAGCAGGUUCCCCACAGCAGCAGCAUCAGCUAUAAGGCCCGAGGCAGCAGCACUGUGGGUGUCACCUCCCUGGCUCUGUCUCCCUGGGACCCCGACACCUUCCUGGUGGGCUCUGAGGGCGGCCUGCUGCUCAGAUGCUCCUUCUCCUCCCAGAAGCCGGCUGCAGCGCCCUCAGAAGGCCAGAGUGUGACACCGAGGGCCCCAGCUGUCUUCUCGUUCAGGCCCCGCAGCGGCCCUGUCCACUCCAUACACUGCUCCCCUUUCCACAGGAACGUGUUUGUGAGUGCAGGGACAGACGGGCUGGCCCACCUCCACUCUCUGCUGCAGGCCGACCCGCUGCUCUCACUCAGGGUCUCAGACUCGUACGUGUUUCAGGUGGAGUGGUCUCCAACCAGACCGCUGGUCUUUGCUGCAGCCACUGGACAAGGUGAGGUGCAGAUAUUGGACCUGGGCCGCAGGUCUCUGAGGCCGGCAGCCACCAUCGAGCAGGGUGCUGCAGGGCGAGCUGCAACUUGUUUGGCCUUCAACCGUCAGAACGCCCACCUCCUGGCGGUUGGGAAAACGGACGGGACAGUCAGCGUUUGGCAGCUGAGUGCAGAUUUGACGGAGCAGAGCCCCAGAGAGAGCAGCCAGCUGGAGCAGAUAGCCAAUCAGGUGGCAGAAUGAGACAUUAGCCUGCGACAGAAGACUGCUCACUGACUGAUUUACGUGAACCGUUUUUAAUGCUCAUAUCUCAAAGACUAAACAAUUAAAUUGUGGAAGUGAAAUAAAAACAGGAGUAGAAGGUU